UUAUGUUUUCCCGCGGAAUAUAAACGAACAUCACAACGAAUCUCUUCUAUCAUCACUAGAAAAAUAUUUCAUAUAAAAUGGCUUCAUUAGGCGAUAGAAUAAUUGUUUUAAUCGAUAUGGAUUGUUUUUUCUGUCAGGUUGAAUCACGAUUGCAGCCAGAACUACAAGGUAAACCGGUUGCAGUGGUACAAUACAAUCAGUGGAGAUCAGGAGGUAUAAUAGCUGUCAAUUAUGAAGCAAGAGAUUUUGGAGUUACUCGACACAUGAGAGGGAAAGAAGCUAAAGAAAAGUGUCCGGAUAUUGUACUUGUCAGUGUCCCAUCAGUUCGUGGAAAAGCCGAUACGUCCAAGUAUCGAUGUGCCGGCAGAGAAGUAAUAGAUGUUUUGAAAAAACAUUGCUCCAUAAUAGAGCGUGCUAGCGUGGAUGAAGCAUAUCUAGAUAUAACCGAGUUGGUAGAGAAGAGAAUAUCCAGUCACACUUUGCAGAAAAAUUUAAUGAAUGCAUUGACAAAUACAUAUGUGGUUAGUUAUUGUGAAAAUGACAACAACAACGAAGAACAAAGAAUUAAUGGAAUUGAGAAAUGGCUGGAUGAGACGUACGGAGAGGUUGGAGACGAGCAGGCAAGAAAAUUAGCCAUAGCUGGAGUUAUUGUGGAAGAAUUACGAGCUGAAAUCUUUGCUACCUGCAAAUUCAGAUGUUCCGCUGGAAUCUCGUACAACAAAAUAUUGGCGAAGCUUGCAUGUGGCCUUCACAAACCAAAUAGACAAACAAUACUGCCUUCAAGUGCAGUUCCCUCCCUUUUUGCAACUUUACCGAUCAAAAAGGUUCGAAAUCUCGGCGGAAAAUUUGGAAAUAUUAUUACGGAGUCGUUGGGAUGUAACGUUAUGGCUGACCUUACUCGUUUUUCCUUGCAAGACCUCCAAAAACGUUUCGACGAAAAAACAGGAUCUUGGCUAUACAACAUUGCAAGGGGCAUUGAUAAUGAAUCUGUGGUAACAAGGCUCGUUUGUAAAUCAAUCGGUGCCAGCAAGAAUUUUCCCGGAAAGCAGGCAAUAGUUAAGCUCGAAAUGUUGAAGCAUUGGGUGAACGAACUAGCGAUCGACGUAAGCGAUCGUCUUGAGCAAGAUCGCGAAGAGAAUGAGCGUCGAGCAACAACGUUGACUGUCAGCUUUUCUCAUUAUGAGGAUCGCAAAGUAAUUUCACAAUCGCGCACUUGUCCAUUGAAAUCUUAUAAGUCAGAAAAAAUUGCGAGUCAGUGUAUCGAUAUUUUGAUAAAAUCAACCCAGAAACCCAUCGUCAACAUAUCAAUAGCUGCAGGAAAAUUUAUACCGGCCAAAGGUAGCGGAAAUUUCGUGAAUUUCUUCAAGAGUAACGGACAGAAUUCUAAACCGAAAGACAAAACCACUCCAUAUCGCGUUACCGUAAAUUCUAUCGAUGUCGAAUGCAAAAACGAUGUUUUAGCCUCCAAAGAGAUGGAGAACUUGACAGCAACAGAGAAUCCUAAAAAAAUAGUCGCACCUUUUUUUUCGAAAGAAAUUGAGAAUCGUGGAAAAAAAAAGGUGAUGGACGAGCCCAUUUCACCAAGUACAGCGAUUCUUGGCAGUGAACAAUCAAAAAAAGCUUUGAAUCGUGAAAACCUCAAAAAUUCUUUUUUCAUGAAUUUUUUGAAAGACUCGAAACCAGAAAUCAGUCAGGAUCCAUCAAAAAACGACCUGCCAAUGGAUGUGAAAGAUUCGAUUCUUGCAACGAUAGAACAAAGUCCGGUAGAAGAAAAAAAUUCCCACAAGGUCGAUAAUCAACGUGUGGAAAAAAAUACGAAACUCCAAGAAGUCGAUCUUCUUUCGCAGUUGCACGAAAUCUUCCCUGACCUCGACAAUAUAGAUCGAAGCGUGGUUCAAUUACUACCGAUGGAACUACAACAAUUUGCGAAUUCGUACUUGAAGACAAAAUCUAGUCAAAAAGUUCGACAACCGGUUAAAAAUGUGGCUAAAAUUGGUAAAUCAAAAUCCACUAAAUCAAAAACUAUUCCUAAAGCAAAUUCGUUACAAAAUUUCUUCGUCAAAACGGACUCCACUCUCACUGACGAACCGAAUUUGAAAAAAUGCUCUGAAUGCAGUCUAAUGAUAAAAAUUGAUAAAUAUACCGAACAUUUGGAUUUCCAUGUGGCUAAAAAUUUGCACCGGGAGAUGAAUCGCGUUGAUUCAUCGGGUUCAUCGGUAGAACUUAUUUCUUCGAAAAGGCGAAGAUCCGACGAAAGCCCCACGACAACUACUAAAAAAGUCAAAGGCAUAUCGACUUUUUUUGAUAGAUAGUCAAAUUUAUUUCAAAUAUGAAAAUGGACAUUCAAUAAGUAUUUUUAUCGAAAUUAAAAAAAAAAAAAAAAAAAAAA